ACAUCAUCCUUCGUUCCCUUCACCGAUGCAAAAAGUUUCUCGUUCGUUCUCCAUCCUGAUUUCUUUACGCUCCAUCUGGGAUGAGAGCCAGUUCCGUCCUAGCCCGCUCGCAAGUUGGAUGGGCUCCAAGCGAACUUGUGGCGUGGGCCUGGCACAUUCAACCUUGUCACUUUUGUCUUGCUUCCCAAUCCACGACACAGAGCGACGGCUGGCUUCGUGAUUUGCAACAUAGAGCCAAACCCCGUCCUGGCGGCGGCGGCGAGCAAGGAACUGCGGCGGCGGCGGCGGCGGACGUAAAUCGAGACAGGUGCGUAUGGCGCAUGUUCCUGAGAAUGUUUUCCGGAAGGCUAAGGACAAGGCCGUUCUCACGUCCAUCGCCAACAAGCCCCCCCAGCGACACUACAACGACUUGACAAAGUUCAGGCUAUCUACCGAUGCCAAGCCUGCUGGAUUACUGAGGCUUUAUAAGACAAUUUAUGCAAAUCAUGUUGGUAUAUCAUCUGCCAUCAUCGCAAAAGCUCUCUGGUUUGCAACUGUAGAGAAACCUGACAGCAGAGGUGUGCCGGUAUCAAUACCCCAUCAAGACUUGCAGCACCAAACUUUUCACAUCAUUGAACUGGUGGGCCCACCUGGAGAUUUGGGUCCAAUAUUGCAAAUCCCAGUGAGGCAAGAGGAUAGCUAUUGCAUGGGCUUCCGGGUUCUGCACCCUGGUGAAGAUGAUGUUUCAAAGGCUUGGUUUGCUUGCAUGGAUGCUGAGUUUCCUAGACAUUUGUUUCCAACGGUUCGGCCAUGUGCCUUCUCCAUGGCCUACAACAACAUUUGUGCCAUAGUGAUAAAAAAGGGCAUCUUGGGACAGAUUCAUGAGUACUUCUCUACUUUUGAAAUUAAUGAAAGAGCGACGGCUGAUGGUGUGAUAUUAAAGGAUACGGUCUUCUUCAUGUUUGGGGAAGGCCAGAGAUUCUGGUGUGCCCAGUCUCUUUGCGUCCACCAUAUGAACAGUAUAUCUCCUGGGCAGCCGAGUCCUCUAAUGUCGACUCUGAUCCAUGAAUGGCAUGAUAUAUCCAAGGCUAUUCUCAAACUGUGGUUAGCUGUUCUAGAAGAAGAGGAAGGGCUGUUGGUAAAGAAUCUCUUGAAGAAGAAGGAAAGCGAUCAACUUCUUGUCAGAAUGCAUAGAUUGGAGGCAUUGAAGACAAAAGGUGGUAGAUUGAUCUCCAUGGAAGAAGCCAUAGUUCUGUUAAAUCAUUUCAUGGUAAAAUUUAGUCCUCUCAUCAGCUUCAAGCGUGAUGGUGUGUUUGAUCUUGGGUCUUUGGCUGGGAAAUCUUUACAUCUGAUCAAGAACUGCAACGUAGAUGUUUUGAAGGUCCUUAUGAGGAAAGAUGGUUACUGGAGAAUCUUCCGUUUGCUUGAGUUACUGGGAUCCUCUUAAGCAUGCAAGAGCCGGAAGACCUGACCAAGUGCGGAUGCUGAGAACAUUGCUUAUGGAUGAUCCAUCUUUUUCUGUUUGCUUUGUGAUGAUGAACUUGUAACGCACUAUGUCAGAUGUUUUGUGCUGUUAUUUCGUGAUAGCUUUGAGGCAGUUUUGUGUGCUGUUUCUGUCGUGAUAUAUUUUCGUGCUGCAUUUCACCUUGAAGUAUUAGUGCUCUGGAUGAUA